AUGUCCACAGAGAUCGCUCAUUUGCGACGGAGAUUGAUCGAGUUCCUGAUAAAUUCCACUACUCAACUCGAGCUUCCUCCGAUCGUUAAGUACUCAGCUCUAUCGCUCUUCUUCGAUCGAUUUCGUCCCUCAGUAGUCAGGUUUCUACAGAAGAAGAAAGCAGAGCACCGGCUAUUGAAACCACUGAGAGAAAGCAAUCUGCAGCUGUUUGUAUUAAUCUCGAUAUGGAUCUCUUGCAAAAUGCAUUGCUCUCGAGGUUUAUCGGUUCAAAGUAUGAAACUCUUGGGCGAUAAGUUGAUCACAGAGCAGCUCUUCACUUCUCGGGAGUUCCUUGAAGCAGAACUCAUUUUUCUGAAGGUAAAACAUUGUACACUUGUGGUAUGUUGUUUACGCUCUAGAAGCUCAUUCAAACUCUUCACCACUGAACAUGAGAAGCAGGUUUUGAAAUUUGAGAUUGGCACUCUAAACAUAGCUUAUACACUGCUCGAAGACCUUUUCAUUCAGUUCAAAGAAGUUGCAAAGGCUGGUGAACUUUUGAACUUUGAAGCAUGUAUGGACUUGAUGGAUCUUCUUUAUGAGAAGGAGGAGACAUCCCUUCUUGAUCAUUCUUCAACAUCUCUGGCUGCUUCCAUUUUGGUCUCCUCUUACUUAAUAACCGUGCCUAAACAACAGUGCGAGUUCCCUAUUUUACCAUGGGGUAAACAUUCAUUUUCCUGCUCUUUCCAUCAAUGA